UUGACCGUACUUGCUAGUGAAAUAUGUUAACUUUUUUAAAUACACCGUCAAUAUCAGUGUAGUAAUGAUGUUUAGACUCAACACGAACAUAACUUAUUUGAUCCAUACAACUUUUUUUUCUAUAGGUAAGACGUUCGAAUCUCUAUCCUCAUAUUGUUUGACUAAGAAUAGGAUCGAAAUAAAGAUGGUAAGAAGUAAAAUCUAUCGGUAAAAGUAAUGAUUAAGGAGAGAAGGGUCGUCAAUGGAAAUGGCCUCACAUCAUACCUCAUUAUUAUGGAGAUUGAAUAAGAAUGAAAAAUAAGGCAACCCCUAAGCAUCAUAGCUUUUUAGAGAAAAGGGCAGGAAUCAAAUUAAAAGGCUAAGGAGGUAGGGUUGGCCGAGGCUUCACAAUUCCUUCGGCUGGAUUAUUGAUUGAACAUGUAGUCCCAUUUUAAAAGUUAUGUUAUAGCAUAGAUUUGGUAUCUAUGCUGCAUCAAAAUGUCUCUUAAAUUAUUGGAGAAUGGGUUGUUUAUAUACUUUUUAUGUAGCCUUUUGCUCAAGAAAUUGAUCAAUUCAACAUUGAAGUUCUUUGAUUUCUUGUGUGCAUUUCCUUUGAGAUUAGAAGAACAACAAUUAACUUGGCUUCGAUCCAUUUUUGUUAGGUAUUUUAGGCAGAUUUUGUUUAAUAAGUCGAUGAACUUUUGACUUUGUGUUGAAUCAAAUGGGACCGCAAUCUUGAAGCAAUCUAGUAGCGAACAACGAAAAAUCCAAGGUUUUGUGUAGAAAUAUAGCAGGUAUAAAGCUACGGUUUUGAUCAUUCCCAAUGAGUAAACAAUGCAAAGAACUUGGAUUAAUAACCAUCCCAUAUCGGAUCGAAUCGAAUCAAAGUUGAUUGGUUAAAUGUAUAAGAAGUUCUUGUUCGUGUCCCCCAAAAGAUCUUGUCCUCCAACACCCAUGACAGAAUUUCUCAUCUUUUCGAAUGCCCCCUUCUGGAUCCGAGAGGGAUAAAUCCCCUUCAAUUUUUAACUGGUUUGUGCUUUUGUGGAAGCUUUGUUUCUUGGAAAUGGCUAUUGUUAUCAGCGUGCUGUUCUUGAGAGCUCUUAUCUUGUUCAUCUGGUUGGUUUCCUCUGCAUUUGGAGAGAGCUCGUUGAGCUGUGAUUCCACGUCGCCUGAUGCCUUCGGCUUCCAUUGCAAUGGAAACGAGGCUCUGGUGCAGUGCGGAACAUUUGCAGUUCUUUUCGCGAACUCGCAGUUUUCGUCUCUCUUUAACCUCAGCUUUUACUUGGGGAUCAACCAAUUUGCCAUUGCUGAAAUCAAUGGCUUCUCUGCUGACACAGAGUUGCUUCCUUUAAACCAGCCUUUGCUGAUACCCAUCGAGUGUAAGUGCAACGGCAGCUUCUUCCAAGCUGGGUUGACAAAAACUUCCAUUAAAGGAGAGAGCUUUUACAGUAUUGCUGAAUCACUGGAGGGAUUAACAAGUUGCAGAGCAAUAAAGGAGAAGAAUAUGGGGGUGUCGCCGUGGGGUCUCGGUGACUCCGCUCGGUUACUGAUACCAAUGAGAUGUGGCUGUCCAUCUUCCUAUGCAGGUGGUGGUCCAAAGCCAAGGCUCUUGAUUUCCUACCCUGUGAGACAAGGUGACACACUUUCCAAUUUAGCUACAAACUUCAAUACAACUCCUGAAUCUAUUAUAUCUGCUAAUAGCAGAUCCUUAGCUACCUUCAAACCAGAAAGGCUUGAACCGUUUUCAACCCUUCUGAUUCCGGUGAAUGGUGAGCCAAUCCUCGGUUCUUUGGCGAAACCGCAUCGGCCCGAUUUACGUUCUCCUUCCAACAGCAUCCCCUCAAUCAACUCACACAAGAAUACAGCAAAAAUGGUGCAUUUUGGUGUUUACAUUGCACUUGGUGGAGUCAUACUUGGGGUGAGCAUUGCUGCAAUGGCAUGCUUCUUGGUAAUUAAGCUCAAGAAAAACAAGCAGAAGAAGACACAGAAGUCAUAUGAAAGAGGUGAAAUGGAGCUACAACAGCUUAGUCUCAGUAUUAGAACGGCAAGCGACAAGAAAUUCUCUUUUGAGGGAUCUCAAGACACUUUUGAUAGUCACCUCCUGGAAUCAAAUGCAAGCAAGAUGCUCAUUGCGAUGUACACAGUUGAGGAGAUCAGGAGAGCGACCGAGAAUUUCAAUACGAGUAAUCAGAUAGAGGGAUCAAUGUAUCAAGGACGUCUCAACGGGAAGAACAUGGCGAUCAAGAGGACGGAGAAUGAAACCGUCUCCAAGAUUGAGUUUAGCCUUUUACAUGAUAUCAAACAUCCAAGCAUAUUGAGGCUUUUGGGAAUAUGUUUAACUGAGGAUCCUGAUUCGUUUCUGGUUUUCGAGUAUGCGAAAAAUGGAUCGUUGAAGGACUGGCUUCACGGAGGAUUGGCAAUGAAAAACCAGUUCAUAACCUCUUGCUAUUGCUUCUUAACAUGGAGUCAGAGACUGCGGAUCUGUCUGGACAUCGCAGCCGGGCUACAGCAUAUGCACCACGUUAUGAAACCGGUUUACGUUCACCGCAACGUAAAGAGCAGAAACAUUUUCUUAGAUGAGGAUUUCAAUGCAAAGAUUGGGAAUUUUGGAAUGGCAAGAUGUGUUCAAAAUGAAAUUGAAGACCCCAAAUUCUGUUCUUCCAAUCCAGCCUCUUGGAGCUUGGGUUAUUUGGCUCCUGAGUACAUUCACCAAGGUAUAAUUUCCCCAACCAUUGAUAUAUUUGCUUAUGGGGUUGUUCUGUUGGAGGUUUUGUCUGGUAAAACACCAAUAACAAAGCCAAAUGCCAAAGGAGAAGGCAGUGUAUGGCUAACAGAGAAGAUCAAGGCCAUCAUGGAGUCAGAUAAUGCAGCAGAUGAACUGAGGGAAUGGAUGGACAGUGCAUUGGGGGAUAGCUAUGCACUUGAUGCUGCUUUCAAAUUGGCAAAACUUGCCAGAUCCUGUGUCGAGGAAGACCAUUCUUUGCGCCCGAGCGCCGCAGAAGUUUUCGACAGGUUAUCGAGAUUGGUCGAAGAAUUGCCCGAAGGCGAUCAGAGCGUAAGCUGCGAAAGCUCCACAAAGCCUCUUGUGAAGGGGCUGCAGGCUUCUGAAACAAAUCCAUAAACAAACAACCUCAUUCAACUCAGC